AAUGAAAGAUCCGACGCAGAGAGUUUUGAGAGGUAGAGAUCAGUGUUACUCGGUGUUGAGCAGCAAGCAGCUCUCUUAACUUUUAUAAUCGUUUACUUGAAUGCGAUGAAAUAAGUAUAUCUUCGAGUUAUCGGUCUAGCUAAGAAACUAGAUGAGAAACAUUUAGAAUGGAUAGAUAGCUGGAAAUGGACAGUUGGAAAAGGACAAAAACCGCUCACGACGCCAGAGUCAGUGUUUGUGGAGAGAUGAAGAUGUCCAGGAGCGGAUCAGGUCUCCAGCCUCUCAAAGCUACUGUUCCCUUCACGCUGCACAGACCAGUUUCCGUCACAAAUGUCACUCCAGGUGAAAGGACCAAAGCAGAGUGGCGUUUGCAGACUCCCAUCCAGCGCACCGUAUCUCUGGAUGCGAUUGUGUGGCCGUACUUGCAUGGCCAAUGGCCCAAAGAGGACGACAGACACGGCAGGGAAGACAAAUCCACACAGACACCACACACAUGGUUAGCUGGAGCUGAAACAACAGCUGUUGGAUUUCACAAACGUUCGGCAUCAUGGGGAAAUUCAGAACGUCUCCAGGAUGGUAGUGACGUGUGUGCAGAUUCAUCUAUUUUCAAGCUGAAACAACAACUACAACAGAAGAAAAGGUCAGGCGUUCUGGUUGGCAAACAAGAGAAACUGCACAACCAACAUCAGUCCCCUGCUCUAUUAAUCCCAGCUGCGUCAUUGACUCGACUGCCGUCACGUCUGCGUCGAAGUGAAGAGAGACUAGAUCAGGAGCUGGAGAAAGUCUUCACACAUCACUCAUCAGUUCACCACUGUGGACUAUAUGAGGUUCCUGAUGGACACAGGGCUCCUGUUCCUCACCUGAGCUCCAAGAGUGGAUUUCAGAUUGGGUCUUCCUGUGUAGCUUUUCACUCUUCUUCUUCCUCAUCCACAUCUUGCUCUCCACAGCGCCCUCUAGACCUCGAAACUGUUGAAGAGGUCAACUCGUGUAUUGUGAUGGUGUCCUCAUCACCACGGCCCAAUAACAGCUACUGCUUUCAGAGAGAUCCACCAGAAGGUUGUGAAAGAAUCCGAGUGUGUGAAGAGAACGUCCUUCCAUAUUUGGAUCACGUGUACGUGUCCUCCUGUCCUGACCCCAACAAAGUGAACUUCACCCCACACACAGGCUCAGCCUUCUGCCCUGUCAAUCUCCCGAAGCCCCUCCUACCUCCAGUGGACUUCCUGAUCUGCAGCCUCUCAGUUUCUCCAGGGUCCUGUUGGGUGGGACAGUGAUGAGUUAGUAAGAAGAGAAAAACCGGUGAAAUCAGCAUCUGCGUGAGAGAGAUUCUUUAAAAACAAUCAGUUCUUUGGUGUUUAAUGUUGAAUUUUGCUAAUUGUAAUAAGAGAAUACCAGAUGGUACUGAAUGGUACUAUUAGGCAAUGAUUGUAUUUUAGAUCUGUAUUUUACCACCUACUUCAAAGAAAUGGCAAAUGUAUUAUUUUUUUAAUAUAUGUACUUUAGUUAUAUUUUGUUUUGAUUAUUGAAAAGUUUAUUGAAGAAAGUAUGUGGGUGGAUUAUUACAGUCAUAGACCAUUUCAGUAGGUACUGUAUAUUCAUGUUCUUUGAUUUGAGGUGAAUGUCAGUCAUGCUUUAAUGGUACAUUUACAUUCACCCUUUUUAUUUUUUCAAAAGUAGUGUUUUUUUUGGUCUAAUUAAUGUUUACAUUGUAUAACUUGAACAUAUGAAUGUUUUUAUAUUUGUAUAGAUUAAUCUGUACAUGAAUGUAAGAUUAGUUAGCAGGUCUGUACUGUUUGCACAUUUGUUCUUUUUUUGCUAAAGAUAAGCUAUAGAAUGUAAAUGGUGACAUUAUCUGACUUUAAAGUAUUUCUUUAUUCAAUACGUUCAUUGCGCACAUGAUGUUUGUUGUUAUUUUAAGCUUUGGUUGAAAUGCUUUAUGUUCAAAUGAGUUAGUUUGGACUAGCCUUCCCGUUGGAAAGUACUUGGGGAAACUACAUACAUAUUGUUUUAUUCUUUUCGUUCUAUAGAUCACUUAAAUUCUAGUAUGUUUUGACACCAAUAAAGUAGAAUCGA